AUUCGUCCAAAUCCAACUCAUUGCAUUCUACAUAAUCACCUGUAUACUAUCUUAUUCCAUUCAAUUGACUGGAUCAACCAUGGCACCCUCCCUCGAGGCCCCGGUUCUCACUCAGGCCGACUCAGUGGCCCGGGUCAUUCUAAAGAACGACAGCUCCAAUGGCAACAAAUUCCAGUACGAGCCAGGCCGCACUGCUGUCGAGCGUCACUAUAAUUAUGCCUAUGAUGACUUCCUGCCCUCAUUUCCAGAUUUACAUUGGGAACCUUUGAAGGAAACCAGUUAUGUAGACAAAGGCAUCUCCGGAGACCCCCAAUUCCGCAAUCUUCUCCAGGACGCCACCGAUAUCUUUGACUACAACCCCAAAAUCGGAACAGAGGUCCAUGGCGUCAACCUAGCGACGCUGACUGAAGCCCAAAAGAAUGAUCUGGCUCGGUUGGUGGCUGUUCGCGGGGUGGUUUUCUUUCGAGAUCAAGGUGACUUUGAUAUCGAAGCGCAACGGGAGCUGGGAAAGCAUAUGGGCAAACUACACAAGCAUGCCACCACAGCAGUGCCGCAAAAGGGCGGACUCGAAGACGUGCACGUAGUAUUCACUGGUGACAACUCCGGUGACCAGAGAGCCAUGUUCACUCCCAGCUUCCUGUGGCACUCAGACGUGACAUACGAAAUACAACCACCAUCCUACACAUCACUGCAACUCCUGACGGGCCCACCGCGUGGGGGAGGAGGUGACACACUCUGGGCGUCACAAUAUGCAGCCUACGACGCCCUCUCCUCCCACAUGCAAACCUACCUGAAGGGGCUGACAGCGCUUCAUUCUGCUGAGAUGCAAGCGUCGGACUCGCGCGCCAUUGGCCGCACCGUCCGUCGCGAACCCGUCACCACAGAGCAUCCUCUCAUUCGAACUAACCCGGUCACCGGCUGGAACAGCCUCUUCUUCAACCCAGGCUUCGUGACCAAGAUUAUCGGGAUUCCCAAGACUGAAAGUGAUGCUAUCAUGAGAUACCUGACUGAGGUAGUCGCCACGACACAAGAGCUGCAUGCCCGCUUUCAGUGGGGGAAGGGCGAUGUAGCGAUCUGGGAUAAUCGAACUACGACACAUUCUGCUUCGUAUGGAUUCGCUCCACAUCGUCGUCACGCCGUUCGAGUCGCCUGUCAUGCGGAACGUCCUGUUUUAAAGGAAGACGGCACCUCGCAAGAAGAAGAGCACAUUGCGCGGUAUAACCUACCGAGCGUCAACAAGGACGGCUCUCGUCAAUCAAACUAUAAUGACUAGGUGGGAUGAGAUUGGAUGUUCGAGAGAAUGUGUUGUCCGAGUGUGUUAUAAGACACUGGUGUCUCU